AUGGAAUUCACUAGCGCCCUGUUCGGAGCUUCGCUCGUCCAGUCCAAGCACAAGACCACCAAGAAGCACAACCUGGUCGAUUCCUGCUGUUGCUCCAAGCCCACAGAGAAGCCCACAAACUCCUGCACUUGCUCCAAGUGUGCUUGCGAUUCUUGCAAGUGUUAA